GGUUCCUCUGUUUUCAUGUUAGAGGUAAAGUUUACAGUUUUGAAUCCUUUUGUGAUGAAGUGUUUAGGAUCAUCAAAAGGAAUUUAAUAAAUAUUAUGCAUAUGUUUCAUUCGUUUUUUUUUUAAGGUUACAGAAAGCGUUUGUUUACGUUCACAGUAUGUUUCGAAGGAUCUGCUUUUAAAGCUUCCUGAGUCUCUUGGGCGUGUUGAGUGCCCAGGACCAAGAUGGAGUCGGCACUGUUGGAUGGCUGGAAGGAGGAGAGGGCGGAGCUGAGGGCGGACGUGUCUCGCCUGCAGAAUGAGCUGGCUGAGAGUCACGCUGAGAGAGAGGAGCUGGAGUCACGUGCCCAAGCCCUCACAGACAGGCUGUCCCAGUCCCUGGACCCGUCCCUGUGUGUUCCUCUGCGUCUGGACAGUGAGUUGAGAAGGAAGAUGCGAGAUGGCAGAGAGAGGGAGGCCCGGCAGGCUCUACUCAUCCACAAACUGCAGAACAAGGUGCUGGAAUACCGGGAUCGCUGUCAGGGUUUGGAAUACCAGGUGAAGACUGAAGAAAGAGAGCUCCUGAAACGCGAGAGGAGGAUCAGGAAUGAGCACAGUGACUCCUUAGAGAGCGCCCUCAUCAGGCUGGAGGAGGAACAGCAGAGGAGUGUAGGGCUGGCAGAUCUGAACUCUCUCCUUCGUGGCCAGCUCAGCCAAUCAGGCCAGGUAAAUGAAGCACUGAGAGAGGACCUUUGCAAACUGACUACUGAUUGGUCCAAAGCCGUGGAGGAGGCGGGACUGAGGGAGAUGGAGUGGCAGAAAGAUAACGAGAGACUGACCGGUCAUGUAGACCGGGGGCAGGGUCAUCUGAUGUCCAUAUGGGGAGAUGUGGUCACUUUGAGACGACACUGUCACACCAUGAAGACUGCCACUGACAGGGACCUCUGGGAGCUUAGAGCUGAGUUCUCUCGUCUGUCUUCCUCUCUCCUCUCCCACUGUGGUUCAGUGGUGUCUCUAUCUCUACGUCCCAGUGACCCUACAACCAACCUUCCUCCUGCUCCCCGCUCUGCCUCCGCCCCACCCCACUCCUCCACCCUGGGCUCACCUCCUCUCUCCUCCACCCUGGGCCCUCUCUCCUUGCAGGAUCUGGACCACGACCAUAAGGAGAGGGAGAGAGAGGAGAGAGAGAAGGAGAGAGAGAGGGAGCUGACAGAGCUCAGAGCCCUCUAUGAAGCUGAGACCCUGCAUCUGAAUAACAGGAUCUCAGAGUUAUCUCGUACCAUUCAGGAUCAAAAGAUAGAAGGACUGGAGGAGGAGAGGAAGAUGGAGCGAGGGAUGGCUUUGGAGAAGAAAGAGGAGAGAGAAAAGGAGAGACAGACAAACACAGAGAGAACUCUAGAGUGUGUCUAUCAGGCCGUUCUAAAACUGUCCAAGGUGCUGAGCUCCCAGAGUCUGGAUGGACAGAGUAGCAGUAGCCCUACUCUGUCCAGUGAUUGGUUAGGACCAGACCUGUUGACUCGAGGGCUCACCCAGGUGCUGGCUGUAUUGGCCCAGGCUGAGACCAACCUGCUGUGGCGGCACCAGGAAGUACAGGAGGCUGCGGCGAGCCUGCGGAGGCUGGCUGAGGAGAGGGCAGGGCUGGAACAGAGAGUCAGACAGCUGGAGACGGACACAGAGGAGAGGCAGAAACAGAGCCUGCAUGAAGGACAGGAGCUCACGCACAUACAGGACAUGUUACUCAGUGAGAGAGAGAUGGUGGGCUCCCUGAGGAGUCAGCUGGAGGACGAAGAGAGACAGAGUGAGGAGAGGAGGAAGGAGAACGAACGCCUGAGACUGGAGAGAGAGAGAGAGGAGGAGCAGAGGAACGAGCUGGAGAGCGAGAGGCAGAGACGGUUGGAGGCUGACCUGGUAGAGAGUGCCCAUCUCAGUGAGCGUGAGGCCUGUAUCCGCAUGGAGCUGCAUGUUCUACAGGGAGCGCUGCAGAGAGAACAGCUGGACAGGGAGAGGGCAGAGGAGGAAGCUGCUGAUGCUAAGGAUGCUCUAAGCAAGGCCCGUGAGUCAGUGUUAACCCUGUUGUCCGGUCAAACCCUUCUGAAGAGAGAAGUGUCAGAGCACCGUGACGCCCUAGAGAAGAUGGCUGCCUUAAACGAAGCCUUAGCCAAGGACAAGAGAGAGCUCAACGCCCAGGCACUACAGCUUGAGAUGGAGAUGGCUGACCUCCAGGCCCAGCUACAGGGACUAGAGGCAAAGGUCGUGACCCUUCGUAGGGAGCUCAACACCCAGUCCAAUGAGAGCACAGAGUUAAGGACUCGUCGAGGAUCAGAGCUGAGCUCCCUGCAGCAGCUGAGGGACAGAGAGAGGGAGCUGGGGAGAGAGGUGGAGACCCUACGGGAGGACAAGGAGAGAGAAGUCACCGCUCUGCUGGAGGAGAGAGGACGGGAUGAAAAACAACUGGAAGAGCUGUCUGCGCAGCACGGUGCAGUGUGUGAGGAGUUGAGAGGUCUACAGGCAGAGCUGUGCCAAGCGACAGAGCAGCAGAGGAGGGCAGAGAGAGAGACCGAGGAACUACUAAGAGAGAACCAGGAUGUGACGGGGAAUGUCCUCUCACUGGAGAGAGAGAGAGACCAGCUGGGGCAGGACAUAGAGGAACUCAGGAUCCUGACGGUGUCCCAGCAGCACCAGUUAACCCAGGCCCAACAGCAGGUCUCAGGGCUGGAGGUACACAGUAGGCAGCUACAGGUCCAGGUCACCACUCUGCUCCAGACCAAGGAUGUGAUGCAGGGGGAGGUCCAGUGUCUGAGGGGAGAGAUGGAGAGAGGCAGGAGCCAGACAGAGAAGAAGAAACAGGAGGAGCGAGAGGAGAGAGAGAGGAGCCAGAGAGAAAGGGAGGUCUGGCAGGCUGACCUGGAAAGGCUGCAGUUACUGGUAGAUCAGACAACAGAGAAAAGGACGAGAGAAGAGGAGGAACGGAGAGAAGAGAGGGACGGAUGGCAGCGAGAGAGGAUGGCGUUGAGCUCGGAGCUGGGGCACAGAGAUGGAGAGGUGGUGGCAAUGAAGAACAGGAUGGAGGGAUUGGAGAAGGAGAAAGAGGAGAUGUCCUGUCUGUUGGAGGAGAGAGAUGCAGAGCUGGAGAGACUAACCGCAGAACACAAGAGCCACCAACACAGAGAGAGAAAACUGAAGGACGAGGGGGAGAGAUGGAGAACGAGAGCAGAGGAGGGAGAGAGAUGGAGGGAGAGAGCAGAGGGAGAGAGAUGGAGGGAGAAAGCAGAGGAGGGAGAGAGAUGGAGGGAGAGAGCAGAGGAGAGAGCAGAAGAGGGGGAGAGAUGGAGGGAGAAAGCAGAGGAGAGAGCAGAGGAGGGAGAGAGAUGUAGGGAGAGAGCAGAGGAGAGAGCAGAAGAGGGGGAGAGAUGGAGGGAGAGAGCAGAGGAGUGGGAGAGAGAAAAUGCGAGACUGAGUCAGAGGUUCACUGAAAAUGAGAAGAAUAACAGUGAACAACUAAAGGCUGUAAAAAGAGAGAGUGAGAAGAUAGCGGAACAACUGAAAAAGGAGGAGGUAGAUGGAAGGGAGAGAUUAGAGGAGAUACAGGAGCUGAGAACGAGAAUCAUCUCACUGGAGGAAGAAAGAGACACUCUGGAGGCAGAACUGAAGAAAAAUGAACUAUUGGAGAACAAAAUCUUUGCCGCGGAGAGAGAGAACUCACAGCUCAGAGAGAGGGAGAGAGAAAGAUACCAGGAGGAGAGUCUGAGAAAGAGGAGGAAGGAGUCGGAGGGAAGGGAGAGAUUAGAGGAGAUAGAGGAGCUGAAACUGAGAAUGAUCUCACUGGAGGAAGAAAGAGACACUCUGGAGAGGGAAAUGGAUGAAAUGAGUCAGAGGUUUAAAGAAACAGAGAAUAAAGAGAGUGAACAACUGAAAGACAGAAGAAGAGAGAUGGAGAAGGUGGCAGAACUUCUGAGAACAAGGGAAGCAGAGAUGAGAAAGAGAGAGGAGGAGAUGACAGAGCUGAAAGCCAUGGUCAUCUCUCUGGAGGAAGAGUUGAAGGACAUUGAGAUAUUAAAGGGAAACGUUCAGGCUUUAGAAGAGGCCAACACCAAACUCCGGGACAAGGAGAUAGAGGAAGACAAGAAGACGGAAAAGAGAGGGGCAGAAGAGAGGGAGAGGGCGGAGAGAUUGACAGAAGAGCUGGCACAGAAAGAUGUGGAGGUACAGGAGCUCCGGAGCAGGAUGGAAGAAUUGGAGAAGGAGAAGGAGGAGAUGUCCUGUCUGUUGGAGGAGAGAGAUGCAGAGCUGGAGAGACUAACCGCAGAACACAAGAGCCACCAACACAGAGAGAGAAAACUGAAGGACGAGGGGGAGAGAUGGAGAACGAGAGCAGAGGAGGGAGAGAGAUGGAGGGAGAAAGCAGAGGAGUGGGAGAGAGAAAAUGCGAGACUGAGUCAGAGGUUCACUGAAAAUGAGAAGAAUAACAGUGAACAACUAAAGGCUGUAAAAAGAGAGAGUGAGAAGAUAGCGGAACAACUGAAAAAGGAGGAGGUAGAUGGAAGGGAGAGAUUAGAGGAGAUACAGGAGCUGAGAACGAGAAUCAUCUCACUGGAGGAAGAAAGAGACACUCUGGAGGCAGAACUGAAGAAAAAUGAACUAUUGGAGAACAAAAUCUUUGCCGCGGAGAGAGAGAACUCACAGCUCAGAGAGAGGGAGAGAGAAAGAUACCAGGAGGAGAGUCUGAGAAAGAGGAGGAAGGAGUCAGAUGGAAGGGAGCGAGAGGAGAGACUGAGAGGAAAGCUGGAGCUGAGAGAAGGAGAGGUUGAGGUCUUGAGAGUGAAGUUGAUUGUCUUAGAAGAAGAGAGGGAUGAGGGGAAGAGAGAGCAGCAGACACUAGAGGUGAAGAUGGAGAGACAGAUGGCUCAGCUGAGGGAAAGAGAAGAGGAGGUAGAGAAACUGAGGGAGGAGGAAGAGGAGACAGGGGCUAGGCUACAGCAGAGAGAGGAAGAGUUGAGGAAUCUGAAAGACAGAUUGCACCAGUCAGAGCUCUCAGAGAAACACGUCUCAGACCUUCUGAUAGAGACGGAGUCUUUACUAGAGACCGAGAGGAGUCAGAGCAGAGACCGGAAUAAAGCUCUACAGCUGGCCAAGGACGAGAGGGAGAGAGAAUGGGCACAGGAAACAGAGCAGCACAAAGAGAGACUGGAAGAGGAGGUGAAGAAAUGGACAGCAAGAGUGGAGGAACGGAUAAAAGAAGUAGCAAGGUUCUCACAGCUCCUGAAGGAGAGAGAGGAGGAGGUGGAGGACUUUAGGGUGAGAGCGGUAGAGAGCGCUGGAGUAAGACAGAGACAGAAGGAGGAACUGAAAGGGAGUGAGGAGGAGAGGGAAUGGUUGGGUGCCCAGCUGAGAGAGGAACAGGCGGAGGGAGAGAAACUGAGGUCCAGACUAGAGGAGGUGCAGAGAGGACAACGCCUCCUGCAGGAGGAUAGAGGAUGUCGCGUGGAGAGGCUUGGGGCUCAGGUUAAAGCCCUGGAGGAGGAGAGAGACCACCUCCUAGCUGAGAUCAGGAAGAAGGAGAGAGAGGCUGGGAUCCUGAAGGAUGAGACUCACAAAGAGAGGAGAGAGAAGGAGAGGACUGGCUCCUCACUGAGAAGGAUGGAGGAGGAGUUGAAGGAGAGCAGGGAGGCGCUGGCCCUCAGUCUGGUCACCCUGAAGGAGCAGGGAGCAGAGAUGACCAGGAGCAGGGAGAGAAGCAGGAAGGAGGUGCAGCAGAAGGAGGGGGACAACCAGAAGAUGAGAGAGGGGCUGAAGACAGCCAUGCAGGAGAUGGCUACCCUGAACCAGCUGCUGGAGGAGAGCCACAGGGAGGGGGAGAGGCUAAGGAGCCUCCUGCAGGAGAGGAAAGAGGAGAUGGUGAAGAGCAGGGAGGAGAGCCUGCGUGCUGCCCGGGGGGAGGUGGAGGAGCUGCGAGGGAGGACCAGGGCUGUGGAGCAUGAGAAAAGGGAGGUGGAGAGGAAGCUCAGAGACAGAGAGGAGGAGCUGGAUGAGGCAGUGAGAGAGAAGGAGAGGAGACAGAAAGAGAUGGAGGAGGUGUUGGGAGAGAAGGAGAGGAGACAGAAGGAGAUGGAGGAGGUGUUGGGAGAGAAGGAGAGGAGACAGAAGGAGAUGGAGGAGGUGUUGGGAGAGAAGGAGAGGAGACAGAAGGAGAUGGAGGAGGUGUUGGGAGAGAAGGAGAGGAGACAGAAGGAGAUGGAGGAGGCAGUGAGAGAGAAGGAAGUGAGAGAGAAGGAGAGGAGACGGAAGGAGAUGGAGGAGGUGUUGGGAGAGAAGAAGAGGAGACAGAAGGAGAUGGAGGAGGUGUUGGGAGAGAAGGAGAGGAGACAGAAGGAGAUAGAGGAGGUGUUGGGAGAGAAGGAGAGGAGACAGAAGGAGAUGGAGGAGGUGUUGGGAGAGAAGGAGAGGAGACAGAAGGAGAUGGAGGAGGUAGUGAGAGAGAAGGAGAGGAGACAGAAGGAGAUGGAGGAGGUGUUGGGAGAGAAGGAGAGGAGACAGAAGGAGAUGGAGGAGGUGUUGGGAGAGAAGGAGAGGAGACAGAAGGAGAUGGAGGCUGAGAUGACCACCACCAGGGCCAGACUGGAUGUCCUGGAGAAACAGAGAACAGAGCUCAGAUGUCUGGCUGCUGAGAAGAGUCAGGCAGUUACACAGCUCCGAGAGAGGAUCAGAGAGGUGGAGGGAGAGAUGGAGGGAGUGAGAGAAGACAAGAAGAGAGAGAUCGAGAGGCUUCAGCGGAAGAUGGAGACGUUGAGACAGGAAGAGGAGGAGAGGAGGGAGAGUCUGAAACUAAGGGAGCAGGAGAGCCUGAGGCGUGUAGAGUUAGUCACGGACAUGCUGAGAGAGAAGGAGACAGAGCUGGAGAGGGUGAGAGAGAAUGCUUACAGAGAGGAGAAAGAUAAACUGGAGGAGAGGAAGAGAGACACGGAGGAAGUGAAACUGGAGAGUCUGGAGAAAGAGGAGACAGAUGAACAGAGGAGAUUGAGAGAGCCUGGGGAACAAAGGGAGGCCACAGACCAGAAGAGAGGAGAAGGAAGUCAGGAGGGUCCAGGAAGAGAGGUCUGGCUUCAGGACGAGGUAGAUACUCUGAGGAAGAGAGUGUCCUCCCAGCUCCUGGACAGAGAGGAAAGAGAGAGACUGUUGAGACAGAGAGAAGAGGAGAGCCAGAAGAGUCUUAGACUGUUGAAACAGAGAGAGACAGAGCUGUACACCCUGAGAGACAGAGUAGAGGAACUCAGUAAGGACAGAGACCGUGUCACAGCUGCCCUGGAGAAGACUGAGGCUACCAUGAUUGGCUACCGGGACAGAGCCCACCAACAGGAGCAGAGCAGAGGGGCGGGAUCUGAGAGGGCCGUGGCCCAGCUAGAGAUGGACCCUGUGGUCCAGGAGCGUCUGUCUGUCCUGCAGAAGGCCGUGGCCCAGCUAGAGAUAGACCCUGGUGUAAAAGACUGUCUGUCUGUCCUACAGAGGGCCGUGGCCCAGCUAGAGAUAGACCCUGGUGUAAAAGACUGUCUGUCUGUCCUACAGAGGGCCGUGGCCCAGCUAGAGAUAGACCCUGUGGUCCAGGAACGUCUGUCUGUCCUACAGAGGGCCGUGGCCCAGCUAGAGAUAGACCCUGGUGUAAAAGACUGUCUGUCUGUCCUACAGAGGGCCGUGGCCCAGCUAGAGAUAGACCCUGUGGUCCAGGAACGUCUGUCUGUCCUACAGAGGGCCGUGGCCCAGCUAGAGAUGGACCCUGGUGUAAAAGACUGUCUGUCUGUCCUACAGAGGGCCGUGGCCCAGCUAGAGAUAGACCCUGUGGUCCAGGAGCGUCUGUCUGUCCUACAGAGGGCCGUGGCCCAGCUAGAGAUGGACCCUGUGGUCCAGGAGCGUCUGUCUGUCCUACAGAGGGCCGUGGCCCAGCUAGAGAUAGACCCUGGUGUAAAAGACUGUCUGUCUGUCCUACAGAGGGCCGUGGCCCAGCUAGAGAUGGACCCUGUGGUCCAGGAGCGUCUGUCUGUCCUACAGAGGGCCGUGGCCCAGCUAGAGAUAGACCCUGGUGUAAAAGACUGUCUGUCUGUCCUACAGAGGGCCGUGGCCCAGCUAGAGAUGGACCCUGUGGUCCAGGAGCGUCUGUCUGUCCUACAGAGGGCCGUGGCCCAGCUAGAGAUAGACCCUGGUGUAAAAGACUGUCUGUCUGUCCUGCAGAGGGCCGUGGCCCAGCUAGAGAUAGACCCUGUGGUCCAGGAACGUCUGUCUGUCCUACAGAGGGCCGUGGCCCAGCUAGAGAUAGACCCUGGUGUAAAAGACUGUCUGUCUGUCCUACAGAGGGCCGUGGCCCAGCUAGAGAUGGACCCUGUGGUCCAGGAGCGUCUGUCUGUCCUACAGAGGGCCGUGGCCCAGCUAGAGAUAGACCCUGGUGUAAAAGACUGUCUGUCUGUCCUGCAGAGGGCCGUGGCCCAGCUAGAGAUAGACCCUGUGGUCCAGGAACGUCUGUCUGUCCUACAGACUGCCGUGGCCCAGCUAGAGAUGGACCCUGGUGUAAAAGACUGUCUGUCUGUCCUACAGAGGGCCGUGGCCCAGCUAGAGAUAGACCCUGUCGUCCAGGAGCGUCUGUCUGUCCUACAGAGGGCCGUGGCCCAGCUAGAGAUGGACCCUGUGGUCCAGGAGCGUCUGUCUGUCCUACAGAGGGCCGUGGCCCAGCUAGAGAUAGACCCUGGUGUAAAAGACUGUCUGUCUGUCCUACAGAGGGCCGUGGCCCAGCUAGAGAUAGACCCUGUGGUCCAGGAACGUCUGUCUGUCCUACAGAGGGCCGUGGCCCAGCUAGAGAUAGACCCUGUGGUCCAGGAACGUCUGUCUGUCCUACAGAGGGCCGUGGCCCAGCUAGAGAUAGACCCUGUGGUCCAGGAACGUCUGUCUGUCCUACAGAGGGCCGUGGCCCAGCUAGAGAUGGACCCUGGUGUAAAAGACUGUCUGUCUGUCCUGCAGAGGGCCGUGGCCCAGCUAGAGAUGGACCCUGUGGUCCAGGAGCGUCUGUCUGUCCUGCAGAAGGCCGUGGCCCAGCUAGAGAUAGACCCUGGUGUAAAAGACUGUCUGUCUGUCCUACAGAGGGCCGUGGCCCAGCUAGAGAUAGACCCUGGUGUAAAAGACUGUCUGUCUGUCCUACAGAGGGCCGUGGCCCAGCUAGAGAUAGACCCUGUGGUCCAGGAACGUCUGUCUGUCCUACAGAGGGCCGUGGCCCAGCUAGAGAUAGACCCUGGUGUAAAAGACUGUCUGUCUGUCCUACAGAGGGCCGUGGCCCAGCUAGAGAUAGACCCUGUGGUCCAGGAACGUCUGUCUGUCCUACAGAGGGCCGUGGCCCAGCUAGAGAUGGACCCUGGUGUAAAAGACUGUCUGUCUGUCCUACAGAGGGCCGUGGCCCAGCUAGAGAUAGACCCUGUGGUCCAGGAGCGUCUGUCUGUCCUACAGAGGGCCGUGGCCCAGCUAGAGAUGGACCCUGUGGUCCAGGAGCGUCUGUCUGUCCUACAGAGGGCCGUGGCCCAGCUAGAGAUAGACCCUGGUGUAAAAGACUGUCUGUCUGUCCUACAGAGGGCCGUGGCCCAGCUAGAGAUGGACCCUGUGGUCCAGGAGCGUCUGUCUGUCCUACAGAGGGCCGUGGCCCAGCUAGAGAUAGACCCUGGUGUAAAAGACUGUCUGUCUGUCCUACAGAGGGCCGUGGCCCAGCUAGAGAUGGACCCUGUGGUCCAGGAGCGUCUGUCUGUCCUACAGAGGGCCGUGGCCCAGCUAGAGAUAGACCCUGGUGUAAAAGACUGUCUGUCUGUCCUGCAGAGGGCCGUGGCCCAGCUAGAGAUAGACCCUGUGGUCCAGGAACGUCUGUCUGUCCUACAGAGGGCCGUGGCCCAGCUAGAGAUAGACCCUGGUGUAAAAGACUGUCUGUCUGUCCUACAGAGGGCCGUGGCCCAGCUAGAGAUGGACCCUGUGGUCCAGGAGCGUCUGUCUGUCCUACAGAGGGCCGUGGCCCAGCUAGAGAUAGACCCUGGUGUAAAAGACUGUCUGUCUGUCCUGCAGAGGGCCGUGGCCCAGCUAGAGAUAGACCCUGUGGUCCAGGAACGUCUGUCUGUCCUACAGAGGGCCGUGGCCCAGCUAGAGAUGGACCCUGGUGUAAAAGACUGUCUGUCUGUCCUACAGAGGGCCGUGGCCCAGCUAGAGAUAGACCCUGUCGUCCAGGAGCGUCUGUCUGUCCUACAGAGGGCCGUGGCCCAGCUAGAGAUGGACCCUGUGGUCCAGGAGCGUCUGUCUGUCCUACAGAGGGCCGUGGCCCAGCUAGAGAUAGACCCUGGUGUAAAAGACUGUCUGUCUGUCCUACAGAGGGCCGUGGCCCAGCUAGAGAUGGACCCUGUGGUCCAGGAGCGUCUGUCUGUCCUACAGAGGGCCGUGGCCCAGCUAGAGAUAGACCCUGGUGUAAAAGACUGUCUGUCUGUCCUACAGAGGGCCGUGGCCCAGCUAGAGAUGGACCCUGUGGUCCAGGAGCGUCUGUCUGUCCUACAGAGGGCCGUGGCCCAGCUAGAGAUAGACCCUGGUGUAAAAGACUGUCUGUCUGUCCUGCAGAGGGCCGUGGCCCAGCUAGAGAUAGACCCUGUGGUCCAGGAACGUCUGUCUGUCCUACAGAGGGCCGUGGCCCAGCUAGAGAUAGACCCUGGUGUAAAAGACUGUCUGUCUGUCCUACAGAGGGCCGUGGCCCAGCUAGAGAUGGACCCUGUGGUCCAGGAGCGUCUGUCUGUCCUACAGAGGGCCGUGGCCCAGCUAGAGAUAGACCAUAGACGGCUACAGACGAGGAACACACAACUGGAGCAACGCACUGACAGACUGAAGACUGAGAGGAAACACCUCAGAGAGAUGCUGACACAGACGGAGAGAGGAUCAUCACUUGAUGAGUUGUCCUCCAGCAGCCCCAGAGACCGAGCUCAGGAUUCCAGGGGCUUGGUUGGUAUAGAAACAGAGGAGUUGGGACGUCUUAGGACCAAGGUGAAGGAGCUAGAGGACCAGGUACACUACCUACAGCUGACACUCGUCCUCGACCACCGGGAGAGGGUGGAGUUUAUCCAACACUCCUCCAGGAACAACCAAUGGCUGGUGUCUCUUCGCCAAGACUUGACUGAUUCUCUGGUGUUGGUCUCGCAGCAACCAAUCCCUUCUGUGCUGGAGUCAGAGACACACCGAUUGGAUAGGAGUGCCAGGGAGGAGGAGCUGAGAUUGUCUCUCAGUCAGAGUUGAAGAUGAAGCACAGUGUGUUUGCCUCCGAAAUGGCACCCUAUUGUCUUCCAGGGCUCUGGUCAAAAGUAGUGCACUAUAUCUGGAAUAGGGUGCCAUUUGGGUCAAAAGUAGUGCACUAUAUCUGGAAUAGAGUGCCAUUUGGGUCAAAAGUAGUGCACUAUAUCUGGAAUAGGGUGCCAUUUGGGUCAAACGUAGUGCACUAUAUCUGGAAUAGGGUGCCAUUUGGGUCAAAAGUAGUGCACUAUAUCUAGAAUAGGGUGCCAUUUGGGUCAAAAGUGGUGCACUAUAUCUGGAAUAGGGUGCCAUUUGGGACUCAGCCGAUGUAUGUAUACUGAACAAAGAUAUAAACACAACAUGCAACAAUAUGAACAAUUACAGUUCAUAUUAACUCAAUUGAAAUAAAUUCAUUAAUCUAUUGAAUUUGCAUGACUGGGCAGGGGCACAGUCAUGGGUGGCUAAUCAGAAUACAUUUUUCCCCACAAAAGGGCUUUAUUACAGACAGAAAUACUCCUCAGUUUCAUCACCUGUCCAGGUGGCUGGUCUCAGAUGAUCCUGCAGGUGAAGAAGCCGGAUGUGGAGGUCCUGGGCUGGCCUGGUUACAAGUGGUCUGCGGUUGAGGCCGGCUGGACGUACUGCCAAAUUCUCUAAAACGACGUUGGAGGUGGCUUAUGGUAGAGACAUGAACAUUACAUUCUCUGGCAACUGCUCUGGUGGACAUUCCUACAGUCAGCAUGCCAAUUCCACACUCCCUCAAAACCUGAGACAUCUGUGGCAUUGUGUUGUGUGACAAACAUUUUAGAGUGGCCUUUUAUUGUCCCCAGCACAAGGUGCACCUAUUUAAUGAUCAUGCUGUUAAAUCAUCUUCUUGAUAUGCCACACCUGUCAGGUAGAUGGAUUAUCUUGGCAAAGUAGAAAUGCUCACUAACAGGGAUGUAAAUUAAUUUGUGCACAACUUUAAAUGUUGUGUUUAUAUUUUUGUUCAGUAUAGUUAUUAUAUACUUUUUAUGCGUUUGAAUCUGAGUUGGGGUCAAUUCACUUUUUAAUGUAGUCAAUUCAGGAAGUGAAUUGAAAUUGUGCAUAUUUCCAAUUCAUGAAAGCCCGAUUCCGACUUAGGACGCCUUUCAUACCCACUUCAGUAGUUGGUAUUCAGACUUAGGACGCCUUUCAUACCCACUUCAGUAGUUGGUAUUCAGACUUAACUUAUGAAGGUGUGUAACGGGCUUUUCUUUUGAGCUCGCUGAAUACAUUUAAUUAAACCGCUGAAAACCCUCCCACUUGCUGGGCGACAGAUUUUCUUGUGGAGUUUUCAUACAGCAGGGUUUUCAAUACAUGUAUCUUCAGCCAUCCCUUUAAAUACCUUUUAAUUAGAAUUGUAGAAUCACCUAGAGAACAGGUUCAGAAUAUAGAAUCCUUCUAGGGGGAAGGAGACAGGGAUACUGGAGUGAUGGAGGUAGAUAUGUAUGGGGGAAGGAGACAGGGAUACUGGAGUGAUGGAGGUAGAUAUGUAUAGGGGGAAGGAGACAGGGAUACUGGAGUGAUGGAGGUAGAUAUGUAUAGGGGGAAGGGGACAGGGAUACUGGAGUGAUGGAGGUAGAUAUGUAUGGGGGAAGGAGACAGGGAUACUGGAGUGAUGGAGGUAGAUAUGUAUAGGGGGAAGGGGACACUGGAGUGAUGGAGGUAGAUAUGUAUAGGGGGAAGGGGAUACUGGAGUGAUGGAGGUAGAUAUGUAUAGGGGGAAGGGGACAGGGAUACUGGAGUGAUGGAGGUAGAUAUGUAUAGGGGGAAGGAGACAGGGAUACUGGAGUGAUGGAGGUAGAUAUGUAUAGGGGGAAGGGGAUACUGGAGUGAUGGAGGUAUAUAUGUAUAGGGGGAAGGAGACAGGGAUACUGGAGUGAUGGAGGUAGAUAUGUAUAGGGGGAAGGGGACAGGGAUACUGGAGUGAUGGAGGUAGAUAUGUAUAGGGGGAAGGAGACAGGGAUACUGGAGUGAUGGAGGUAGAUAUGUAUAGGGGGAAGGAGACAGGGAUACUGGAGUGAUGGAGGUAGAUAUGUAUAGGGGGAAGGGGAUACUGGAGUGAUGGAGGUAUAUAUGUGUAGGGGGAAGGGAACUAGUGUGUGAGAGUGUACAUAGAGACAGUGCAAAAAUAAAAUACAAGGGUCAACUCAGAGAGUCCAUGCUGUCAGCUAUAUAGCAGUCUUAUGGCUUGGGGAUAGAAGUUGUUCAUGAGGCUGUUAGGCUUUGCAUUUAGACCAAAAAGUGUAUUUAUUUUCCUUUUUGUAUUUAUAUGACUUUAGUGCCUUGUUGCGUGAUGCUAUCGCGUGGCCCGACAUUCCUGUGGAACGUUUCUGGUACCUUGUAGAAUGCCCCAAAUAAUUCAGGUUGUUCUGGAGGUCUGACCCGGUACUAGAUGGGUGUACCUAAUAAACUGUCAUGUGAGUGUAUAAUCCACAGCAUAAUUAUUAACUUAACCAUGCUUAAAGAGAUAUUCAAAUGUCUGAUUUGUUAUUGUUACGCAGCUACCAAUCGCUGUCCUUCUUUAUGAGCCUUUCGUAAAGCUCCCUGGUCUUUGUAGUUGAAUCUGUGCUUGAAAUGCAAUACUUGACUGAGGGACCGAUGUUGUCUGUAUGGGGGACAGAGGAAGUCAUUCAAAGAUUAUUGAUCAUUUAUUAUGUGAUUUGUUAAACCACAUUUUACUCAACUCAUUUAGGCUUGACAUAACAAAGGGUCUGAAUACUUAUACAAUGACUAUUUUAGUUAUGAUUUUUUUAUUUAUAUAAACUUGUUUUUAAAAUCUU